GAGAGAGGGAGCAGGGUUGACAUAUCGGCUGGACCGUAAACGUGAAAUACCUCCCCUAGCCUGGUCUCCGCCGUUUCACUACAGACCGCACCGUGGCCGUGGGAGACGGCUGUCUGCCUGGGAUCCCUUCUCUCCCCCCCUCCCCACCUCAGCCUUCGUAUCUCCUCCUCCGGUUCCUCUUCGCCGCUUCUUCCUCCUCUGCCCGACUUUUUGUUUUGACUGCAUGUUCAGCCACACUGCCUCCCUCUGCAUCUUCACUUCGGCCCCGCCGCAGCCCGGGCGAGCAUGGACAGCCGUGUACUCGAGCAUCCUCACGCCCAGUUCGGAGGCUCCUUGGGCGGGUUGGUGGGUUUCCCGUACGCGCUCGGCCCCCAUCACCACCACCACCACCAUCACCAGCACGUCUACGAGCUGGCUAGCGGACACCAGCUGCAGUCCGCAGCCGCCGUGCCCUUCUCUAUAGACGGAUUACUUAACGGCUCCUGCUCGGCCUCGGUGGUCAGCUCUAACUCGCUGCUCUCCUCCGACAGUCAGCAGUUCAAACUCUCAGAUUCUGGGGACCCGGAUAAGGACAGUCCCGGUUGUAAACGGAGGCGCACGAGGACGAAUUUCACCGGGUGGCAGCUGGAGGAGCUCGAGAAGGCUUUCAACGAGAGUCACUAUCCGGAUGUGUUCAUGCGGGAGGCGCUCGCGCUCAGGCUUGACCUCGUGGAGUCACGGGUUCAGGUUUGGUUCCAAAACCGACGCGCUAAAUGGAGAAAAAAGGAGAACACAAAGAAAGGGCCGGGUCGACCUGCUCACAACUCCCACCCGACCACCUGCAGCGGCGAGCCCAUGGACCCGGAGGAGAUAGCACGAAGGGAGCGCGAGCGGGAGGAGAAGAAGAAGAGGAAACAGGAGAGGAAGCUGCUCAAGUCCCAGAAUAAACUCCUUGCAGGUGACAGCUUCCACACACCCGGCGGUUCGGAGAGCGACAGCGGGGUCUCCCAGUUCACUGACAGCGAGCAGCAGUCUUCUAACCUUACUCUUCACAUAGAACUGCCAGCAUCGAAGAGUACGGGAGGACACCAAACUGAAUCCAGCUGUGACCAAACGCGGCACGACUUCAGCCAACUACAAAACCACCAAAACCAAAGAACCACAGCAGACUCGGAGCAGGUUUCACCAGGCAGCACGCACAGCUCCAGCCCUGGAGGCCCGAGGUCCUCCACCCUGCAGAAACGAAACCCUUUCAGCGUGGAGAGCCUCCUCUCUGACACCAUGCCUCGACGGAAAUCUCAGCUGGACUUCCCCUCGCUGCCUAAUCAGAGGACACUGGUGGGAAAAGGUCACUUCUUGCUUUACCCAGUUACCCAUCAGCCUUUGGGUUUUCUAGUGCCCCAAGCGGCCCUGAAGGCCACACCAUGUCAGGACAGCAUUAACAGGCUCAGCCUGGGACAGAGGUGUGUGCCAAGUGAAGGGAGCCCCGCUCCCUCUGACCUCUGCAGCUUUGGCAGCAUCACCAAGCCGCUGAACUCGGAUCAUAUACAGCACGACACGCAGCAUCACCACAAUCACGUUAGCAGCAGAGCGGAUGGAGCCGACGUGGAGGACUGUGGUGGUGACUGCGGGGAUGGAAGAUUCCCCGUUUCUUCUCCACCAAGCAGUUCAACUCAGACAGCUCGGGUCAGGCUGAGCUCCACGCAGUCCAGCGACAGCGGCGAGGAGAGGAGUCCCAGAGUUCAAUUGGAGGCGGCGACCAAUGGCUGCCAAUCUGCUGAGCUGUGUGCAAAAGAGAAGGGUGCAAGAGAGGAGCAAGCGUCUCCAGACCUCUCCGAGUGUCUCAAGGCAAACACAGACUGUCAAGAAACACCCGGAACAGAUGGAGAGGAUGUCGAUAUGGACUAACACUUUCAAGGAGCAAACAUAAACAAAGGACCAGGAACACCGCUCAGACUAUUCAAACAUUCCCAAAGCUCUGCUGAGAUGCUCUAAAACAUAUCAGGAAUCAGGAGACUUAAUCCUCAUCUAUUUUUGAAUCAGAAGGUGUGAUCAAUCCAGAUGGCCCCCCAUCAAAGCUGUGGCUGUCCUUAUAUUUGGGCUUCAGGCCUCAAACACCUUUAGAAGCAGGUUCUUUCUUUUUUCUCUCUCCUUUUAUUCUUUUGUUUUCUUCCCUUUUUUUGGUGAAAAACUUGUAACAAAAACUAGGCUACAAUAAACAUCUUACACACAACAAAAAUCCUCAGAUAUUGUAAAAAAAAAACCAACAAAAAACGAGA